AUGAAGAGGUCCACGUUGCUGUCGCUGGACGCAUUCGCUAAGACCGAAGAGGACGUGCGGGUCCGCACCAAGGCCGGCGGGCUGAUCACGCUGUCAUGUAUCCUGACCACGCUAUUCCUGCUAGUGAACGAAUGGAGACAAUUCAACUCUGUAGUAACUCGGCCGCAGCUGGUGGUAGACCGUGAUCGUCACGCGAAGCUGGAGCUGAACGUGGACGUGACGUUCCCGUCGAUGCCAUGCGACCUGGUGAACCUCGACAUCAUGGACGACUCUGGGGAGCUGCAACUGGACAUACUUGAUGCCGGAUUCACGAUGACCAGGCUGGACCGUGAGGGCAAUUCCGUGGGUGACGCUGCUGAACUGCAUGUUGGUGGGAAUGGCGAAGCUGUCACGCCGGCCAACGACGACCCCAACUACUGUGGGCCCUGCUACGGUUCCAAGGACCAGACACAAAACGACAAUUUGGCUCAGGCAGACAAGGUGUGCUGUCAAGACUGUGACGCGGUGAGGUCCGCGUAUCUGGAGUCAGGAUGGGCGUUUUUUGACGGGAAGAACAUCGAGCAAUGUGAAAGAGAGGGCUACGUGAACAGGAUUAACGAGCACCUACACGAGGGUUGCCGGAUCGAGGGGUCUGCGCAGAUCAACCGAAUUCAGGGGAACAUCCACUUUGCUCCUGGCAAGCCAUACCAGAACAUCCAUGGCCACUUCCACGAUACUUCGCUGUACGACAAGACAUCCGACCUGAACUUCAACCACAUCGUCAAUCACCUGAGCUUCGGCAAGCCAAUCCAGUCGCACCACAAACUGCUGGCCAACGCCAAGCGCCACGGCGACGCCGUGGCCUCCACGGCCCCCUUGGACGGGCGCCAGGUGUUUCCGGACAUUGCCACGCACUUUCACCAGUUCUCGUACUUUGCCAAGAUCGUCCCCACCAGGUACGAGUACCUAGACAGUGAGGUCAUCGAGACCGCUCAGUUCAGUGCCACGUACCACUCGCGACCCCUCAUUGGUGGGAGGGAUAAGGACCACCCCAACACGAUCCACACCAGGGGCGGCAUCCCGGGCCUGUUCGUGUUCUUCGAGAUGUCUCCGCUUAAGGUCAUCAACAAGGAACAACACGGCCAGAGCUGGUCCGGCUUCAUCCUGAACUGUAUCACCAGCAUUGGCGGUGUCCUGGCUGUGGGCACCGUCAUGGACAAGCUGCUCUACAAGGCGCAGAGAUCGAUUUGGGGCAAGAAGAGCCAGUAG